AUGAGCGGAUUAUUGCAGGCUCGGCGGCGCAGGCAAGCCUUAGAGCAUGAUCGCGAAAAUCUACGACAAACGCUAGAAAAUACGAAUUCGCUACUGGCUGCGUCCGAAAACGAAAAGAAAACGAAGCAGGAGCAGAUCGAAUCACUGCGCGACGAACUGAACCGCCAGGAUGAAACUAUUGCCAAGUCGAACAAAGACAAAAAGCAGCAAGAGGAGUUGUGUCGGAAGUUGGCGGACGAUUUGCAAGCGCAGGAAGACCGCAAAACAAAGGGAAGCCGAACAAAAAUGAAAAUUGAAUAUGCAAUCGACGAAAUCGAAAAUAGGAUUGAAAGAUUGAUCCCUACGCAGCAGCCUAACACUUGGGCAAAUAUUGGCCGUGCUCUGAUCCUUUCUGGCAUGCAGGAGGAAGGGCAUCAAUUGGGAUGA